AUGGACUCGGAGAAACUUCGAAGCGAAGGAAAGAAGAUGCUGGACUUUGUGGCCGAUUACUGGGACGGCAUCCGCGAGAGGAAGCCGCUUCCGGAUGUGAAGCCAGGGUACAUCAAGGAUCUGGUAGGCACUUUUAUUGUUUCUUUUGUCGGUGACAGAAACUCUUGUAGGUCCCAGCAGUUGCUCCCACUCAACCUGAGGACUGGGCGAAGAUCUUCGACGACCUGGAGAACGUGGUCGUGAACGGAGCCACCCACUGGCACCAUCCCCACUUCUUCGCCUACUUUCCAACUGCUCUCAGCUAUCAGUCCAUCUUGGCUGACAUCCUUUCCGGCGGAAUCGCAGGCAUCGGAUUCACUUGGAAGUCAUGCCCGUCCAUGACCGAAUUGGAAAUGUCCUCCCUAGAUUGGGUGGUUGAUUUGAUGGGGCUCCCGGAGCAUUUUAAGAACUCGCACGACGGACCCGGGUGCGGAAUCAUCCAGAGCACCGCGUCGGACAGCACAAUGGUGGCGAUUAUGGCGGCGAGAGCUUCGCACGUGGAGAGAAUCAAAGCGGAGCCGACCUUCAUGAAGUGGGUGGCGGAGACUGGAGUCGGAAAGACUUUAAAGAACAUUCUGGACAGAGUCAAAGUGAACAAGGUGAGUGAAAAUGGUGAAUUGGAGAGAAAGAGAGAGAAAGAGGAAACGUUUCAGUCUCUUGUGGCUCAGACAUCUUUAACAGUAAGUUGUGGGACAUUGUGAUUGUGUUUGAGAGAACUUUCCUGUGUUUAUUAUCCGCAAACUUUCCUUUUCAGACAGAAGAUGAAAUUUCUGGAGUCAUCACCCCGUACUUCCAUGACCCGACGGUCUUCGAAAAGUUCAUAAUGUAUUGCUCGGAUCAGGCGCAUUCUUCCGUCGAAAAGGGCGCGAUGCUCUCUGCGGUUCGCCUCAGAAAACUAAAGGCAACUCGCGGGUUUCUGGGCAAUUAUGGCGUUUCUGCGGAGACCCUUCGCAAUGCGAUAAAGGUGAGAAAGAAAAAGGAAACAGUCCGAACGUAUUCGAAUGAAUUGCAGGAAGACAGAGCCCGCGGAUACAUUCCGUUCAUGUUCUUGGCCACCGUCGGAACCACUUGCUCUUGUGGAGUGGAUCAGGUCGAUGAGCUCGGUCCGAUCUGUGUGGAGGAAGGACUGUACUUGCACGUGGACGCCGCCUACGCAGGAACGUUUGCGCUUUGUGACGAGUUCAAGUACCUGAUACAUGGAAUGGAGCACGUCGACUCUUUCAAUUUCAAUCUUCACAAGGCGGGAAUGGUCAACUUUGACUGUUCUCCGAUGUUCUUCAAGAACGGAGUCAACGUCUCGCGAUUCUUCAACGUGGAUGCUGUUUAUUUGGCUCACGAGUAUCAGUCAACUGCGUCCGACUACCGAGUGAGACAUUUGAAAAGGUGGACGGAUAAUAUUUAACAGAGUGAGAGAAUUGCAGCACCUGCAAGUGGCACUCGGACGUCGAUUCAGAUCACUCAAGAUUUGGUUUGUGCUCAGAAAUAUGGGAGCGGAUAAGAUCAGAGACUAUUUGAGAAGAGUGAGAAACCGAACAAGAACCCUUGUCACUGUAUCCUUCGAUUUCAGACCGAACUUUUGGCUUCUGAAUUCUCGAAGCUGAUUCUAGAGGACGGAAGAUUCGAGCACUUUGUCCCUCAGCACUUGGGACUCACUUGCUUCCGUCUUAAGAAUGUAUACAAUCCCCUGCACAUUUUCUCUAGAGUACCUAGCGCUAUUUCAGUCCACGAACGCGGAUAACGAGAAGUUGUGCAAUGCGAUCAACGAGGACCGUCGCAUCCAUUUGGUGCCCUCCACCGUCCACGGAACCUACUUCCUCCGGAUGGUCGUUUGCAGCCAGCUCACCACUCUCGAUGAUGUCAUUCUCGCGCGUGACGUCAUCUACGAAAUCACCGAUCGUUCAUUCUAA